ACAUCGCCCGGUUUGGUCUGGUCGUCACCAGUUUGAAGCCGUCCGUGCGCUGUCCAUGUCACCCUUUGCGCCGCAGAACAGCUGUCCAGUGUGAGUGGUUCUAUCACGAAGACGGACUGAGUUUUUCUUCACCAGUAUCGUCCAAGUUUCAUCUCCACUUGGAACAGAACCGACUGCAGCUGCUUCAACACCGGCGGAAAACCCUCAUCUUCAAGUUGGUAUCUGUGCUGUAUUGACACUUGAUUUAAUCCAGCCUAGCAGCGUGUUUAAUAAGAUCGUACAGUCAUUCCAACAUGGAGGACACACCGUGGUACAAAGAAGACCCUACUAAGGUGUCACUGUGGAAAGCCGUAUUCGCCGAGGCGUUGGCAACUCUUAUCUUCGUGUUUGUCGGCUGCGGCUCGAUCAUAUCUUUCGGCAUCCAAUUCUCCGUGGAGAGGGUGGCAUUCGCGUUUGGCCUCGCCAUUGCCUCUUUGGUUCAGGCGACGGGCGCGAUCUCGGGAGGUCACAUCAACCCUGCCGUCACUGUGGCAAUGCUAGCAACACAAAAGAUUUCCCCGCUACGUUGCGUGCUCUACGUGCUGGCACAGUUAACUGGUGCUAUCGUCGGUGCAUCCAUCCUCUACGGAGUCACGCCGUCAACCGUUCGUGGCAACCUCGGGGGAAACAAAAUCGGCCCUCUGCUCAGCGCUGGCCAAGGUUUGGGCUGUGAGAUAAUCCUUACAUUCCUAUUGGUCAUGGUGAUCUUUGCUGCCACUGACCCGCAUCACGGCGCAGGCAAAGUAGCACCACUCGCUAUCGGGCUUACUGUGACCGUGGCCCACUUAAUGGGUGUUCCAUUCUCUGGUGCAAGCAUGAAUCCAGCGAGAUCUUUCGGACCAGCCGUCGUAACAGGGGAUUUCCCUGAUCACUGGAUUUAUUGGCUGGGACCACUACUUGGCGGCGUGGCUGGUGCCUUUGUCUACACGUACGCCCUGACACCGAAGCGAGAGAAAGAGGAUGUUGUUGCAGGAGCAGCAGCAGCAACAGAGGCAGGACACUCGCCCAUGGACAACAUGUCCAACCAACAAGCAAAGUAACCAUGGCGAGUACCUGGCUUGUAGAUAGGCAUGUUUCGUUUUUUGUCCUUUCACUUUUUUUCUCUUUUUUGAUUUACUUUAUUUUAUUAUGUGGUGGGGCUUGCAGGUCAUCUAUGCGAGUACUGUUUUCUGUGGUGGAUGCCUUCAGAAAGCGUAUGAAGAAUAUCUAUUUAUUGCUCUUGCCAAGCACAUAAUAUUUAUAGCACUGGCGAAUCCGUGGCUGGCAUGUCUAGCAGUGCGCCCCUCUCCCUGUCUACCCGUAUUCCGGGCUGUGCUGGUCUUGAAGAAAAGUACCGUAGCAUGUCCCUACCUUGCCGGCAUCGCCGUCCCGCCACCGUCCGAGCACGUCUGGUGUUGACCGUUGCAUCCUUGUUUCUGGUCUAGAAAGCGGGAUCACCCACGGUCUCUCAGUUUCCGUCAAUCUUGGGUGCCUCUCGGUGCAGAUUUCAUGAGUACUUUGUGCUAUACACUCGAAUGUCUCUUAUCCGGGCGCUGCCCGUAACGCAGGGGUCAACUCAUCAACCUUGUAUCAUGAUAAUAAUUAUCAGUUUUUCAGUUUUUGAUGAAAAUUAUUUGGCACGUAUUGCACCUGUGCAAAGAAGCCGUUGAUGAGAAUGUGUGGAUCACACAGGUUGGCAGUGCAGGAUUUCUUUAUAAAUGCAUUUGAAUUCAUUUCCCUUGGA